AUUUUGAAAAUUUUCAAAGAAAAAAUGGGAAUAAGGUGUUAAAGCGACUCUUUACCCGGUUGUUGUGUGUCCCAAAACGCAUCCAUUGACCCGACGUCCACCGCUACCAUUCCGACGGCCACCGGCGAUCAAAAGAUUUAACAGCAUUUUGGAUCUGCGUUUAGGAUGUCGUUCAUGAAAGGUGAUUUGCUAAACAGAACGAGAAGGCUUGUCAAAGGUUUAGCCAAGGCUGAACCUGUGUGGCUCAAAGCAAUGGAGCAGGCACCACCUGCAACAUUUCCUCGUGCUGAGAGCAAACUGCAACCCAUCAGUCUACCUGAGGAUGUCUACGUCAAGAAGUUCUUCCAGAAGCACCCAGAGUCUAAACACGAGGAUGCUAUUAAAAUUUCUGGAUUUGAUCCUCCUCCAGCCCGAGUUUUUGGGUGGCGAGUGCUCGAGUUAAAGGAGCAAGGGGUCAGAGAAGAAGAAGCUAUGGCUGUUGCUGAUAUGGAAUAUCGAGCUGAAAAGAAAGGGAAAAAGAAAGCAUAUUCUCGAUUGAAGAAGAUUGCUCGACUUCAAGGGAGGAAACCACCUCCCAAUCCAUAUCCAAGUGCUAUCAAGGAGAUACAAGCUGAAGAAAGGCUGUUUGUGCGUGAUCGUUUCUAUAACCGAGAUAUUCUUAAAAUUGUGGAGAAACUGAAAGAGGAGAGGCAGGCGGAGUUGCAAGAUAGAAGAAGUGGAGGGGGCUGGUAAAUGGACUUGGCCUUUUUCUAAUAGUUUUUCUUCACUUUUCUGAUGCUGAAAUUGUUUAUCUUUGACAUGUUUAGAUUUUUGUCCAAGUGGUUAUACUUGGUAAUGUUAUGAUAUCCUUUCCUCAUGUACUAGAAAAAACUCCACUUCUGGUUGGGGUGAGAGGGUAGAAUGUACGUAGUCCGUACCACUACCUUAGAUGUGAGGUAGAGAGGUUGUUUCCGAUAAACCCUGGCUCGAGACCAAACAAUGUAGGAUCCUUUGAAAUUUUCAGAUGAUCAGAAACUCAUUCCUUGGCCUACAAUUUCCCUCAGUGCAAGAGGAAAAACGACAA